UGGUUUCCAAGGAAGGGCUAUGUGGAGAGGGAGUGGGUCUAUGUGGAGAUGACGCAUUCUGCAAUGAUACAGGAACCGAUGCACUCUGUCAGUGCAAGGCCGGCUUUCAGAGGAGCCAGACGACGAGGCAGUGUGAAGAGAUCAAUGAAUGCCUUCAGUUUGGCAUGUGCUCUCACUACUGCACCAAUACCAAAGGAUCCUUCAAAUGCACAUGCGACCGUAACUUUAAAGAAAUCGAUGGUGAAUGUAUAACCAAAGGACCAGAGGAUCAAGUGCUCUACGUUGCUAAUGACACUGAAAUCCGAAGUUUUGUCUAUCCGUUUAAGCAGAGCCACGGGCAGAAGCUGCAUGCUCGCAUCGAGGACAAUGCUAAAAUCAUUGGGAUGGACGCUCUCUUUCACCGACACAAGUUUGUCUGGGCCACACAGUUUAACCCUGGUGGAAUGUUUUACAAAGACAUCGUAGACAGAAGUCUCACCAAGUCAAAUAGCGGAAUCAUAUGUCCUGACUUCAGAAGGCCCAGGGAUAUAUCUGCAGAUUGGGUGACUGGCAACAUCUACUGGACAGACCACUCCAGGAUGCAUUGGUUCAGCUACUACAACGCCCACUGGAGGAGGCUCAGAUAUUCCAUCAACGUGGGCCAGCUGGCAGGGCUAAACUGCUCUCGUCUCAUCACAGACAUCGCCGGGGAGCCUUACUCUAUCACUGUUAACCCAGCUCGAGGGAUGAUGUACUGGACAGUGGUAGGAGACCACUCCCACAUCGAGGAGGCUGCCAUGGAUGGGUCUAUGAGGAGAAUCUUAGUGGAGAAGAACCUCAGGAGACCCAGUGGGCUUGCCAUCGAUUAUUUCAACCAGCGUUUGUACUGGGCUGAUACCGAGUUGUCUGUGAUUGGGAGCGUUCGAUUCGAUGGAUCGGACUCCGUGGUGGUGGUGAGCAGUGCACACGGUCUUUCCCAGCCUGUAAGGAUUGAUAUCUUUGAGGACUAUAUCUAUGGGAUCGGGAUGAGGAAUGAUGUCUUCCGGGUCCAUAAGUAUGGAAAACAACCAAUGGAACGGCUCCAUCUGGGAGUAGACAGACCCUCCAUUAUCUUGGUCCUCCACCGAUUCAAACAGCAAGACGUGUCCAAUCCGUGCCUAAGGAUGGGCUGUGAUUUCCUGUGUCUGCUCAACCCUGCCGGAGCCAGCUGUUUCUGUCCUGAGGGGACCACGCUAAUAAACAGGACCUGUAGGGACACCAACACAUCAGGAGAGCUGUGUCGCCCCGCCUGUGAGAACGGAGGACGAUGCAUCACCAACGAGAAGGGGGAGCUGCGGUGCUACUGCUGGCCAAAUUUCUCCGGGGAGCGCUGUGAAGUGAACCACUGUAAAAACUACUGUCAGAAUGGGGGCACAUGCUCAGGCUCUUCCAUAGGGAGGCCUACAUGUCGUUGUGCUGUGGGGUUCACAGGACCGGUCUGUGAGAGGAAGGUGUGUGAUAACUACUGUCUGAAUGGGGGCACCUGUGACGUCAGCAGGGGGAACCAGCCAGUGUGUCGCUGUAUGGCCGAGUACACUGGGGAGCGUUGUCUCUACCAUAUCUGCCAUCACUUCUGUACCAAUUCGAAGGCUUGUACUCUGUCGAGCAAGAGCCACGUGGAGUGUGUGUGCUCAGCCAGAUAUGAGGGAGUGAAGUGUGAGGUGGACAGAUGCCUCCGGUGUCGAGGGGCACCGUGCAUUGUCAACCCGGAGACAGACGACGUGUCCUGCAACUGCAGUAACGGUAGAGUGGCAGCCACCUGUCAGCUGUGUGAUGGAUACUGCUACAACGGAGGAACCUGUCGCCAGGACCCCGAGACCAGUCUGCCGUUCUGCCACUGCACGCCUGGGUUCUUGAACCAGCGCUGUGACCAGCGGGCCAAUCCGUGUGAUAACUACUGUCAGAAUAAAGGGAUUUGCACGUUAACUGCCUUAAACAAACCCCAGUGCAAGUGUCCAGCUGAUUGGUCAGGUACACAGUGUGAGAGACCUGCCCCAAAGAACAGUCUGUCUGGCAACAUCAGUGGGGGAAGCAUGGCCAUCGUUGUCCCGCUGGUUCUACUGGUGAUUCUCGUCACUACCAUGGCCUUGGGGGUUUUCGUAUGCAAGAGGAAGCAAAGGGGGAAAAUAGUCCAGCGGCAGCCCAUGGUGAAUGGUGGGCUAAACUUAGAGAUCGGUAACCCCUCGUACAACAUGUAUGAGGUGGACCACGACAAUCACUCUGAUGCUGGGAAUCACCUUCAGCCAAGCUUCACCCUGGACCCACACAAGGGUUGGUGUGUUGGUGUGAGGUCCAGUCACCUGUUAGUUCACCCUGAAGGAGUUCAUCUCCCGAAGGAGAUCCUUCCUGGACAGGCCAUAAACUCCAACCCAGUAUACGCUGAGUUAUACCUUGAUCAAGGACAGAACUGUCGGAAGCCCGUCAUCAAUAUCGAAGCGAGAAGCGAGCUACUCCCAAAGAAACUGGAGGCAACUAUACGAGAGACAGUUGCAUAGCCUUUUACUGUACGCUAUUGGUAUAAUAUUUUAUAUGAGCUGUAUAAAUGUACAAAAUUAAAAGAAGGAUUUUUAUAUGUCCACACCACACUAGAAUUUUCUGUUUUCAUGUUAUGUCUGAGGCAUCAUCAGGCAGGCAACACUGCGAUGUGUAUCUUUUCCAUUGCACUGAAAAAGCCAGCACCUGAAAAUGACCUUCCCUUCAAUGCUUUCCUUCAACUGAAGUAGUCCCUGCUAUGAUGCUUUGAGCUCGCAACUGUUACCAGCUGAUCGCUUUAAUCAAUGUGUUUCAAGGAUAGGACAAAAACAAACAAAAAAGUGUAUUGUGGUGUCACAGCCUACAUUCAUGUAUACAGUAUUUACCUUCUCAAAUGACGAUAAAAAGAUGUGACACAGAAGUUUUAUAAUUUUAUAUAUGAUUUAUAUAUGUCCAGUUUGGCUUGUAUUUUAUGACAAGAUAUUACGUGUCGUACUUUUAUACAAAACUGUACAGUACAUCGAUAUGUAAUAAAUGGAGGGGGGGUUCUUGACCUUUCAAAUACACUACUGCUCAUAUAUAUCUAUAUAUAUAUAUUGUGUUGCUGUUUUUUUAUAUAAAAAUGUGUUGUUGUAUA